AAACAUUUGAAACACUCCUCUCAAACUCGAAUCAACUUCGUCAUCAGAGAAAAAUCCCCUUGAGGAAUAUAGUUUGAAUUCUUCUUAUUCAUACUUCAAGAAUUUAAAGAUUUAAACUUUUGGGGGUUUUCUGUUUCUAGGGUAGAAAAAUCUCAUUAAACCAUCGGCAAUCUCUUGCUCAUGGUUUUAGAAGUUGUAGUUUGAAUUCUUCUUGUUUAUACUUUACAGAUGAAGUUUUCACAAUUGACAGGAAUGGAGAAAGAAAUAGUGCAAAAUUUGGAGUGGCUUGAAGCUCAGAAAAUAGAGAUAAGCAUUGACCUAAUUGCUGAAGCCAACAAACAUCUUCAGUUUCUCGGAGUUGUUGACCGGAACCGGUGGCUGUACGAUGGUCCUGCACUCAAAAGAGCCAUCUACAGAUAAUUAAACAGAACCACGAUAAAAAGUAAUAAAAAAUAAACAAAAUCACCCAUGGGGUUUGCAUCACACAAAUACAAUGCCUACAGGCUUCUUUCGCUAGCAAAACAUUAUGAGUCUUCCUCAAUCUGCGAAGAACCACUAGUCUCUCCAAUUGACUGUGAAUGGGUUUGGCAUUGCCACAGGCUUGACCCGGUAAAUGUGAGGUACAAGUCUGACUGUGAGGAAUUCUAUGGGAGAGUUCUGGACAACUCUGGCAUUGUAUCUUCAGCAAAUGGGAGCUGCAAAUUACAGACUGAAAAAUUAUGGAAGAGAUUGUAUCCUAUGGAGCCCUGUGACCUUGAUUUGGAUAAGGCAAUCUCAGAGCCAAUUUCACCUCUUGAGAAAUGCACGACCUAUGAUCUUGUUUCAGCUGCCAAGAGGCAAAGCUCAUUUUAUCUUGAGGUUUCAAGAGCCAAUGUACAUUUUCUAUAAAAAAACACUAUUACCUAUACAGCUAACCAUAUUUCAACCAAUAGAAAAAUAAAUUUUGCAUAAAAUUAAUAAAUUUUGCAUUGAAAAUCGAAAACGACA